AUGCAUGAAUUAGUUAAACGAGGACAUGAAGUAACCAUAAUUACAGCAGAACCACAGUUUUUAAAAGAAAAUGCUCCUAUAAAUCUGACAGAAAUUAAUAUACACGAUGUAUCAUACGAAUAUUAUAAGGAAUUUAAUUCUUUAAAAAUAAAGGCUAAAUCAGCUUUCGAAAUGUCAAGCUACAUGUUUGAAAAGCAAAUUUUGAAUUUAGAAAUAUGGGAAGAUCAAAUGCUGCAAAGAGUUAUAGGUAAUGACGUGCCCCCACUACGUGAAUUAAAGAAAAACGUUGUUUUGUAUUUUCUUAAUACUCAUCGGAUUUGGGAUGCUAAUCGACCGGUCCCACCUAAUGUAAUUUACUUGGGAGGGUUACAUUUACAAGCUCGGAGGGAAUUGCCUAAGGAUUUAUCAGAGCAUCUCGAUUCAUCCGUCGGUGUGAUAUACACGAGUUUCGGCACCAACGUCGAUCCAUCAACGUUACCGCCAAGAAAGAUUAAGAUUUUAUCGAGAGUUCUCUCCGAGCUUCCUUACACAGUUCUAUGGAAGUGGAAUAAAGAAAAAUUACCUGGUCAUUCGAAAAAUAUUGUCACAUCGAAGUGGUUUCCGCAAGCAGAUUUAUUGCAUCAUCCCAAAAUGAGGUUAUUCAUAAGCCAAGGUGGCCUUCAAUCGACUGAAGAAGCUAUAGAUGCUGGAAUCCCAUUACUUGGAAUCCCAUUAAUUGGUGAUCAGUGGUACAAUGUUGAGAAAUAUGAACAUUUUAAAAUUGGUUUAAAAGUGGACUUAGAAACUAUUACUGAGGGUAGCUUGAAGCAAGCUAUUGAUAAACUAAUAAAUGACUCAAGUUAUCGCCAGAAUAUAAUUAAGUUGCGUCAAAUAAUAAGGGAUCAGCCCCAAAGUGCUUUGAAACGUGCUGUGUGGUGGACGGAGUAUGCACUGAGACAUUCUGGGAAUGUGAUAGAUCACUUACAUCCACCAGUAACUAAUAUAUCGUGGAUUAAUUAUUACGAAUUGGAGUUAGUUCUGAACAUCAUUUUAUGCUACGUGAUUAUUAUAAUAAUUGUUUCCUCAAUAAGCAAUUUAAUUUUCAAGGUGGUUAAGCGAAAUUCGUUUUAA